AUGACGCGCCGGGUCUUUACAUUCUGGGUUCUUCAGCUCUGCCUCCUACACAUUGCCGUUGCUACGCACUCGAGCAACCAGACGGAUCGGCUGGCGUUGCUCGAGUUCCAGUCCAAGAUUUCCAGCGACCCUUUGGGAGUUCUAAGCUCGUGGAACGAUUCCACUCAUUUUUGCUUUUGGGGCGGCGUGUCCUGUUCCAGACGACACGUCCGAGUCACGGUCCUAGACCUGCAUUCCAGUAGGCUCUCUGGCUCCAUUUCUCCACACAUCGGCAAUCUCACCUUCCUGAAGAAGCUCGACCUCAACAACAACACAUUCCACGGCGCAAUCCCGCCAGAAAUUGGCCGGCUACGCAGAUUGCGGACUCUGUUUCUAUACAACAACUCGUUGGGCGGCGAGAUUCCGUCCAACAUCUCGGGAUGCUCUGCUCUGGCCGAGGUCCAUGUCAGAAAUAACAAAUUGGUGGGAAGCCUACCUCGGCAGCUCGGCUUCUUGUACGGGCUUCAAUUCUUUCACGCGGGAGGAAACCGUCUAACAGGCAACUUGUCAUCUAUCCGGAUCCUAGCAUUAGGCGAUAACCAAUUGAGUGGAAGAGUUCCUGAGGCUCUAGGAAAACUGAAGAAGAGCCUUGAGGAACUGCUGCUGCAUCGUAAUUACUUAGACGGUGAAAUCCCUUCUUCCAUUUUCAAUCUUACUCUCCUUACACUUCUCUCCCUUGGAGAGAAUCGACUCCGUGGAAACCUUCCGUGGAAUCUGGGAAUACAAGUCAACAAGUUUACAGGGAGUGUGCCUAGUAUGGCUAGCUCUCACAACCUUCUGCGUUUAAACAUUGCCGAAAACUUUCUUGGAAGUGGCAAGGUUAACGGUGAUGAUUUGAGUUUCCUUUCUACCUUGACAAAUGCAAGAAAAUUGCAAGCCCUGGUCAUCAGCACCAAUAAUUUUGGAGACAGCCUACCGGAGCAAAUUGGCAACUUGUCAUCCAGCCUUGAGAUACUUGUGUUGGAUGACAAUCAAAUAUCAGGAAGCAUCCCUGAGGGCUUACGAAACAUGUUCAACAUGCAAUGGUUUUGGGCAGAUAAGAACAAACUAUCAGGUACAACAAUACUAUCCAUUAUCGGGAACAUGCAAAGUUUAAUGCAGUUGCGUUUGGACAACAACAACAUUGCAGGAUAUAUUCCUUUGUCUAUUGGAAACUUGGAUAGAUUGCUCGUAUUGCGCUUGGCGAAUAACCAUCUAGAAGGAGAAAUUCCUAUAUCUAUUCAGAACUGUAGAAGUAUGAUACUUCUGGACUUAUCAAACAACGAUCUCAGUGGCGUCAUUCCCCCACAACUCAUGGGUCUUACUUCCUUAUCAAUGAACUUGAACUUGUCUCAUAAUCAUUUUGUUGGCAACAUCCCCAUCGAAGUGGAAAAUCUGAAGAACUUGGGCUCAUUGGAUCUAUCCUAUAACAUGAUAUCAAACAACAUUCCAAGUAGCCUUGGUAAAUGUGUCAGCUUGGAGUUUGUGCAAUUGCAAGCCAACCUCCUUAGAGGAACGAUUCCUUCGUCUUUGGAUUCAUUAAGAGGUAUUCGACUAUUUGAUGUUUCAAGCAAUAACUUAUCUGGUCAAAUUCCCAAAUUCUUUGAGAAGAUGAAUUCUCUACAAUUAUUGAAUCUGUCUUAUAACAAGUUUGAGGGUGAAGUGCCAGCGGCGGGAGUUUUGAAUAAUAGCAGAAUCAUUUCAGUCAUUGGAAAUGUCAAUCUUUGUGGGGGAUUCGCUGAACUUAACCUUCCACAUUGUAGUUUCAGACAACCAAAGAAGAGAUUGAGCUAUAAGUGGAAAGUUUUUAUAUCAACCAUCUGUAGUAUCGUGCUCUUGUUCUUUCUUGGGACUUGCUUGCUUGUCUUUUGGAUGAAAAGGAAAGGUAAACUACAUGUAGUUUCCAGUGACGAUGAUUUCGACACUCGAGUAUCUUACCAAAGUCUCCAUAAAGCUACAAACGGUUUCUCCACAACAAAUCUUAUUGGUGUAGGCAGCUUUGGUUCCGUGUACAAGGGAGUUGUUAACAUUAAUGGAAAAGAGACCACAAUAGCUGCCAAGGUAUUCAACCUUCAGCGUCGUGGAGCUUCCAAGAGUUUCAUGGCAGAAUGUGAAGCAUUAAAGAAUAUCAGACACAGAAAUCUUGUGAGGAUAUUGACAGCAUGUUCAGGUGCUGAUUAUCAAGGGAAUGAUUUCAAGGCUCUAGUCUAUGAGUUUGUGGUUAAUGGAAGUUUGGAAAAUUGGUUGCAUCCAUUGGAAAGUUUUGAUGACCCUCCAAGGACUUUGAAAUUCCGUCAACGGGUAACUAUUGCAAUUAAUGUUGCUUCUGCACUAGAUUAUAUUCAUAACCUCUAUGAAACGCCUAUUGUUCAUUGUGAUAUUAAACCCGACAAUGUUCUCCUCGAUGAGCAUAUGGUUGCUCAUGUUGGUGAUUUCGGAUUAGCAAGGUUUCUUGAAUCAUCAAUUGAGAAUCUCUCUUCUGGUGGCGAGAAAUCUAGCUCCAUUGGCAUAAAAGGGACUGUGGGCUAUGCGCCUCCAGGUAUUCACUCCUCGUUGCUAUUAGAAUUAUAUCUUAGAGGUCCCGUUUGGUUUAAAAACUAA